AUGGCUUCUACUUCUGGAAUUAAGAAGCCUAAAGGGCCUAAGGUCCUUGAGAAGACAUGCCUUCCAGACUCUAACUCCGAUGUUGAAGCAUUUGACUUUAGUUUCUUGGAUUUUUCUGAAGAAACUUUCAAAGCACCCUCAAACCCAUGUGAUGAUCAUUUUCUUAACUUAUUGUGUGACGAAAACAUAUUAAGGAGGAGUAUUGAUGUAAUAGUAAAUGAUGGAGACAAUCCUGGUGACCAACAAAAUAAACAUGCCCACUUAGAUGAGGACGAUGAAGAUGUUGGCAUCAAGUAUACAGUGCAUGAUCCCAAUGUUGACUGA